AUGCUGCUGCUUAACCCGGCGUGCGAGUCGGCGGCGCUGGACAGCAUCCGGCAUCACGAGGACGAGCCCGCGGCGUCGUCGUCGGUGGCGACCAUGAGCGCGAGCGCGGCUCCGCGGCCGGUGUACUGCCGCAGCACGAGCUUCGGCAGCCUGGUGGCGGACCAGUGGAGCGAGUCGCUCCCGUUCCGCCCCGACGACGCCGACGACAUGGUGGUCUUCGGCGCGCUCCGCGACGCCUUCUCCCGGGGCUGGCUCCCCGACGGCUCCUUCGCCGCCGUCAAGCCCGAGCCCCUGGCGUCGUCCCCGGACGACUCCCCCUACGAGCACGGAUCCUAUUCCUCCUACCUUGGUGGCGCGGCUGGCGGCCUUCUUCUCGCGGAGGAGGAGCCUGAGACGGCGACCGAGGCGGCGGCGAUGACGCCCGGCGGGAGCGAGGAGGAGGCCGCGGCCGCCGCGGUGGUGGCCAGCAGGGGCAAGCACUACCGCGGGGUGAGGCAGCGGCCGUGGGGCAAGUUCGCGGCGGAGAUCCGGGACCCGGCCAGGAACGGCGCGCGCGUGUGGCUCGGCACCUACGACAGCGCCGAGGACGCCGCCGUGGCCUACGACCGCGCCGCCUACCGCAUGCGCGGCUCCCGCGCGCUCCUCAACUUCCCGCUCCGCAUCGGCUCCGAGAUCGCCGCCGCGGCCGCGACCGCUGCCACUGCCCCUGCCGUGGGAGACAAGCGGGCGUCCCCCGAGCCGACCGCGAGCUCCGACUCUUCUUCCCCUUCAUCCUCCUCGUCCUCUGGCUCUGGGACACCAAAGCGGAGGAAGAGAGGCGAGGCCGCUGCCGCGACCAUGGCCAUGGCCCUUGUCCCACCCCCGCCGGCGCCGGCGCAGGCUCCCGUCCAGCUAACCCUCCCGGCCCAUCCGUGGUUCGCCGCCGGCCCGGUCCAGCAGCUAGUGAGCUAA